AUGGCACAAGAUACUCUCGUCUGGUCUUCCCAGUUUGUGGUCGCAUCACCAGAACGAGCACCCCGACUGCCCGGUGAUAAGAUCACACUCCCACAAUCCGCUCUCGAGCAGCUACUAGCUGCCGCUCCGCUUCAAGCUGUGCCUGGAAACGCCCGGGUGCACACAGCGUCCUUCGAUCCCUUUAACCCUCACACUUUUGCCGCCGAGUCUCGAGCCCGGCAAGAGAUCGAACAACGUCAACAGCAACUGCCCCACCCGUUGACCUUUCGCAUUGUCAACCCUCAGAAUGGCCGAUUUAUCUACGCGGGUAUACGAGAGUUCUCCGCCGAGGAGAAUGAAGUUGCGCUUAGUUCUUUGUUGAGAGAAUCGCUGGAAAUCAAGGAUGAAAGCUUUGCCAAUGAAGAAGCACAAGACCCGGCCGAACCCACCGAAGCACAAUCGGCACAGGCUGGCCCCGCAGUCACUGUCCACGCGAAGCAACUGCCAAAGGGUACUUAUGUUCGUCUUCGUCCACUGGAAUCCGGGUAUGACCCGGAGGAUUGGAAGGCUCUUUUGGAACGAUACUUGAGAGACAAUUUCACCACUCUCACUACUGGAGAACUUCUGGCGGUGCCCGGAACUCGAAACGAGUCUUUUAGGUUCUUGGUCGACAAAGUAUUCCCCGAGGGCGAGGGAAUAUGCGUGGUAGAUACAGACUUGGAAGUCGACAUUGUCGCACUGUCAGAAGAACAAGCUCGAGAGACGCUACAAAAAAGACUGGAAAAGUCCGCGCGUGCGCCGGGUACGAGCACUGGUAGCUCACUCGGUGGAAUUCUCAGUCUUGGGGAGACCGUGACUGCCCAGGUACUUCCUGGUGACUAUGUGGACUAUGAACUACGAGAAUGGAACCGCGAAGACAUCAUUCAAGUUGAGCUCGUUUCAGACGAUCCGAAUGUCAGUCUGUUUGCUAGUCCACUUAGCAGUCGCCAGCAGAGUCGCCCCAGAGCAGACAUGCAUGUUUGGGGGGAUUUUUCGAGUCACUCGCCUAAGAAGUUUGAACUUCGACCUACGAACAUCGCCUUGGAAGGUGCUGAGGCAUUCAACGUAUCAGUCUCAUCGGAUUCCCAGGCUAGUGAUGCAGCCUCGCCAUCGCCAUCGCGUUAUCAAUUGCAGAUCACCGUAAAUGCCCCAGAAACCCUCAAUGAGGACGAAACACAAGAGCCCCACGAGGCUGGCGACAUACAAUGCAAGAACUGCCAACAAUGGGUCCCGGAACGGACGUUGGUUCUGCACGAGAACUUCUGUCUCCGAAAUAACAUCCUAUGCCCGCAAUGCAAUGUUGUCUUCCAAAAGAGAUCCGAGGAGUGGCAAAAUCACUGGCACUGUCCCCAGGACUCUGCUAGUGGCAAUGAUGCCUCCAGCAAAGAAAGACAUGAUACGAUAUAUCAUCAGACCCAUCAGUGCGUCGACUGUGCUUUAGAUCUUGAGGGGUUGCCGGCUCUUGCCCAGCACCGCACCACAGACUGCCCUGGUAAGUUGAUCUUGUGUCAAUUCUGCCACCUCCUGGUGCCCCAGAAAGGGGAAUCAGACCCUGAUCUCCAUGACCCGGAGGUGAUGCUCUCUGGCCUUACUCCCCACGAACUGGUAGAUGGAGGACGUACGACCGAAUGUCACCUGUGCAACAAGAUCAUCCGUCUCCGGGAUAUGAACACACAUCUCCGUCAUCAUGACCUGGAGCGUUCCUCACGACCAACGCCUCGCAUCUGCUUGAAUGAAAACUGCGGCCGCACCGUGAGUAAACCUGGCAAUGAUACCCUCGGUCUAUGUGGAUUCUGCUUUGGGCCAUUGUACGUCGACUCGUUCGACCCAGAAGGAAAGGCACUGCGCCGGCGCAUCGAACGUCGCUAUCUUUCUCAAAUGAUGACUGGAUGUGGCAAGCCCUGGUGUCAGAACAAAUAUUGCAAAACAGCCAAACAGAACAUGGCAUCUGAAUCUGGCCCUACCAUGAGUGUUGCGGAAAUCAUGAAGUUGACCAAACCCCUCGCCGAAGCCCUCAACACUAAACCGGAUGUUCCCAACUCAGAGCCUUUGUUCUUCUGUGUCGAUGAAACCAGUCAGCAGCGUCGCAAUCUGGCAGGACUGAUCGCGGCAGACACCGAGGGCGAGAAAGCCUUUGAGCUGCCAUGGUGCAUUGCCGGAGUCGAAGCUGGUGGUGGUGAUUUGGAGAAAUCGCGAGAAUGGCUAUCCAAAUGGGCACCGACCCGCAGCUGA